GCUGACCACGUGUCCAUAACAACUGUUGUUGUUUACAAACGAGUUGAAGGAAAAUCAGGGGAAAAUGCCUCCAAAAAAGAAAAAUAAAGGGAAAAAGAAAGGAAAAGGUGGUGAUAAAGAAACAGGAGCUGAAGGAGAAGGCGAAAAGAAACCAGAACCGACCGAAAAAGAGUUGGAAUUAAGAAAAGAAUUAGAAAAGAUAACGGAAAAACUGAGAGCGUUAAAACUAGAGGUAGAAGGACUGAGACAAGAAAAUGAGUGGUUACAAGAAGAAGCACAGAAAACAAGACUUGAGAGUAAUUGAAAGCAUUGAUGUUGGAGAAAGAAGCAGAGCUUGCAAUGGCUAAGAAUGAAUUGGCUGACUUGGAAGAAUACCAGUUAUUACAAAAAGAACAGGAAGCAGAAAUAGCUCGGCUGGAAAACGAGGUGCAAAGCAUGAGAAAGAAACACUCUGAGGCCAUUCAAAAACUUAAGUCGUCCUUCUUAAGAGAAAAAAGAGGUUAUCAACAAGAGUCUGACAGCAAGAUACAAGAAAUGGCACAGCAAGCAACACAA